CCUCUCCUCGUUACGGCUAGUGAGCGCUCUCCGUUGAUUGAAGGCUCGUGAGCCACACGCUCGCAGUCAGACUCGUCCUGGACGUGGAUCGGGAUUAGGGCUCAGCAGGAGGAGAGCUGCUCCAGCUUUGUUCUCUGCUCCUUCAUCUCAACUGCUGCACUUUUAUUUUUCUAAUAAACGCUACUUCCUGCAGCCUCAUCCGGAGCCUCCCUGAGAGCAUCAUCAUUUAUUCUCCUUCUCUCCAGACGCACCGGGCGGCAGACGGAGAGCAAGGCCUGCAGGUUCCCCGCAACAGGUCGAGGAGGAGUCGAGGGGAGGAAUAAUCAUAAAGCCGGUGUAGAUACAGCGACAGAGGAGGAAGAGGAGGAGGAGGAGCAGCAGCAGGAGGAUGGUUUAGUGGUUUCAGCUGCAGUCUGGAUGCGACAGAGCGGAGAUCUGCCAACAUGAUGCCGAUGUUCCUCACCGUGUACCUCAGCAACAAUGACCAGCACUUCAGCGAGGUUCCCAUCACGCCGGAGACGCUGUGCCGAGACGUGGUUGAGCUCUGCAAGGAGCCCGGUGAGGCCGACUGCUACCUGGCCGAGAUGUGGAGAGGCUCAGAACGUGUUGUUGGAGAGGGGGAGCGGAUGAUGGAGGUGUUGCAGCGCUGGGGGCAGCAGAUGGGGGAGGUCCGUUACCUGCUGCACCAUCAGAGAGCUCCGGGUCGAGACUCAGGUGGAUCCCGAGCUGCAGAUCAGAUGAUGAAGAGGAACCAGGUCAAGGCGUCUGCAGAGAGAUGUCUGGAGAACGGGAUCUCAGCUCCUUGUCUGGACGUGACGCUGGGCGAGCUGCAGGAUCUGGCGACACGACAGCAGCAGCAGAUCAACGCUCAGCAGCAGCUGCUGUCCUCCAAGGAGCAGCGGCUGCGGUACCUGAAGCUGCAGGAUCAGCGGCAGCAGCAGCAGCAGGAGGCGUCUGAACAGGAGCGACUGCGGCAGCUCCGAGAGAACGCACACAACCAGGAGGCCAAGCUGCGACGGGUCCGGGCCAUCAGGGGCCAGGUGGAGCAGAAACGCCUCAGCAACAGUAAACUAGUGGAGGAGAUCGAGCAGAUGACCGGUCUGUUCCAGCAGAAGCAGAGGGAGCUGCUGGUUGCCGUGGCGAGGGUGGAGGAGCUGAGCGACCAGCUGGAGGUGCUGAGGAGCAACCGACUAGAGCCUCCGCUUCCUCCUCCUCCUCGCCAUCACCACCAUCAUCACAACACCUCCUCCACAGCUGAGCUGGAGCGCCUCUACAAAGAGCUGCAGCUGAGGAACAAGCUGAACCAGGAUCAGAGCGUUCGGCUGCAGCAGCAGAGAGACAGCCUGAACAAGAGGAACCUGGAGGUAGCGGCGAUGGACCGGCGGCUGGCCGAGCUCCGGCAGCGGCUGUGGAAGAAGAAGGCCGCGCUGCAGCAGAAGGAGAACCUGCCGGUAGCUUCAGACAGCGUGGCCCCUCAGCACAGCGUGGGCUCCAGAGUUGCGGCGGUGGGGCCGUACAUCCAGUCGUCCUCCGCAAUGAGCUCUCAGGGGCCUCCGGUGCUGGCCCGCCACGAGGUUCUGGUGAAGCCAGCGUACCCAGACGGGACAGCCACCCUCCCUAUGCCUGACUCGUCCCUGAAGCCGCCACCCAGACCCGUCAAACCAGCCUCAGGUUUCAACAACUCAAAAAUAACCAAACUCCCCGACUGGAGCAGCUCAUUUUCUGAAUCCAGCGGAGGUUACAGCCACGCCUCAACGCUGCCUCGCAUGUCCAGCCUCAGCGGCCGCAACUCAGGUGGUGACACCCUCACAGACAAGAAGGACCUCUCUGGGUCUGACGCCCCACCCCCUGUCCCCUCGCGGACCAAUCACACCACAGAAAACCUGCUCAGGGACAAUCAGGCCUCAGGUAAAGGUUUGUCCAAGACGGCGGUGCCACCUCCAGUCCCCAGUAAGCCCAAACCGUUCUCCUCGUCCGGCCCACAAACCUUCUCCAUGCCCCCCUACAGCACCGGGACCUUCCCUGGUAAGGUGCGGCCGGUCGGGGGCCACCUCAGGGCUCCGGGAGUCCUCUCCAGCCACAGCAACACACUCCCUCUGCCCAACAAGCAGGAGAGUCCUCCGGCCGCCGCCGUCCGACCUUACACCCCCGAGCUGUCGGAUGGCCCCCCUCCUGUGCUGAAGAAGAAGCCUCAGACUGUGGCGGCUUCAUCCAUCUACUCCAUGUACACCCAGCACGCCACACCGGGGAAGGGCUACCAGCUGAGCGGUCAGGGCACCCUCCCCCGCAGUCAGCCCCGAGUGUAUGGGAAACCAGUCCUCUCUGCCAGCGGGGGGCAGCAGUCUGUCACCUCGGACAACACCGCAGUGAAUUCUGGGUCCUGUGUGUUUGAUGGGAGCGAGGCUGAAAACAGUUGCCUGGGUAACAGCGAGGGUGUCGGUGGAGAGACGGCGGAACGUUCCACCCCUCGACCGCUCAGCCCCACCAAGCUCCUCCCCUUCCUGUCCAACCCUCACAGGAACCCUAGUGACGCCGACCUGGAGGCCCUGCGCCGCCGGCUGCACCACGCCCCCCGGCCCCUGAAGAAACGCAGCUCCAUCACGGAGCCUGAGGGCCCGGCCGGACCCAACAUCCAAAAGCUGCUCUACCAGAAGACCACUCUGGCUGCCAUGGAAACCAUCCCCAUGGAGACAGUCGGUCCAGCAGGGGCGUACGUUCAGAACGAGGUUCACGAGGACGGGGUUGGCAGUCUGGAUGAAGCAUCGCGGGUUGACAACGACACCGGCGCUGGCUUCAACCAGCUGCUCACUGAAAGCCCGGAGGACUGCCUGACUCCGCCCCCCCUGCCUCCUCGCUCACCCAUCCCUGACCCCGCCUCCUGCCGCUCCCUGCCCCCCCCUCUGGAGAACAAGGAGGAGGAAGAAGUGUGUCCGUCCACCUCAGUCCACCACAACCACUAUCCAGAGGAGUUCCCCCCUUACCCGCCCCCGCCGUACCCCAGCUGUGGGGAGGCGGAGCAGGAAGACGACGCCCUCAACCUACAGCCGCCGGAGGUCACAGGGCAGGUCACAAUGCCGCCGGGGAAGAGGUCGAUCCUCCGUAAAGCCAGCUCAGAGCGGAUCAACCACAGCAUGCGGGUCAAGUUCAACCCUCUGGCGCUGCUGCUGGACUCGUCUCUGGAGGGCGAGUACGACCUCGUCCAGAGGAUCAUCUACGACAUGUCUACAUCGCUGCAGGUGGACGACCCCAGCAUGCCGAACGACGAGGGCAUCACGGCGCUGCACAACGCCGUCUGCGCUGGCCACACUGAGAUCGUCAAGUUUCUGGUUCAGUUCGGUGUCAAUGUCAAUGCUGCCGACAGUGACGGCUGGACUCCCCUUCACUGCGCCGCCUCCUGUAACAACGUUCAGGUCUGUAAGUUCCUGGUGGAGUCGGGGGCGGCUGUUUUCGCCACCACCUACAGCGACAUGCAAACAGCUGCCGACAAAUGUGAAGAGAUGGAGGACGGCUAUGCCCAGUGCUCCCAGUUCCUCUACGGCGUUCAGGAGAAGAUGGGCGUGAUGAACCGCGGCGUGGUGUACGCCCUGUGGGACUACGAGCCUCAGAGCGACGACGAGCUCGGCUUCAGUGAGGGCGACUGCAUGACGGUGCUGCGGCAGAAGGACGAGGUGGAGACGGAGUGGUGGUGGGCGAGAUGUGCGGACCGCGAGGGCUACAUCCCCCGCAACCUGCUGGGGGUGAGCCGACGACGUUUACCUUCAACUGUUCACACUUAACUGUAUCUACGGAUCAAGCCGCGGCAGAGGAGCCUGGCUUAAACCCAACGGCUGAUGAAUCCUCCAAAAUACCCCAGGGAGGGAGGAGCGGCGGACGAGUAAAACCUCUGGACACGAAACAUCAAAACAGUUGUUUAAAAAGAGAGACGGAUGUUUUCUGAGCCGCCGUCGGACCUCUGGUUGGUUUUUCAACCCUGGCACAAAGAAUGUCGCAGCGAACUGAAACGAGUUCACCUGCCUCCUGUGGUCAAACCAACACAUUAUCAGUUUAUUAGAAUUCAUUGGCAGAUGUUGAACGUCCCGAGGCGCCAGGAGCCUCACAAAGAAAAUGUGAAACUCUCAUCUUGGAAUAUUUCUUUUUUUUAAGAUUUCAUUUUUAUUUUAUUGAUUAGCUGUUUGAGUCUAGAAACUGAACCUGGGACUCUGCAUUUGAACCACAUCUUUUAAUUUUACUUAUUUUUUUAUUGAAGUAUUUAAAAGUACAAUUCCUUCUUAUUUUUUCAUAGUAUCCACUAGUUUCAAAAAUACUGGGAUAAUGACGAAACACAACUUUAAGAAGUGUUAUUACCAAUUUUAGCUUCUAAUGCACUUGAGUUAGUAUCGAACUUUAAGGUGUCAGGAGUCCCAAAAAUAAUUAGUUUUUUCUUUGCACAAGCGUAAGACAAUAAUAUGUGCAAACUAAAUAAUAACUUGUAGGAACAAGUUAACAAUUUGGAAACAAGAUAAUAACGUGAACAAGAAACGUGGUUUUAACAAGUGGAGAAUUUGUUCACACACAAUAUUCACUUGGUGAAGAAACUAGUGGGAACAAGAUUAAAAAAUAUCUUUUGUCUUUGGAGGCUCCACAGCACAGAUUCAAUUUCACCAGGUUGUUUGGUUUUAAAUUAUUUUAUUGACUUGUUUGUGUUAAUAAAUUCUACCCAGUCGUU